CCAGCUUCUCCCCACUGGGGAAACGGAGGUAGGGAACAGGGCCAAAGAGGGGGUUGUAGGCAGAGGAGUACAGCCAUGCAGGAUGUGGCUUGUGGCUCCCACUAGCUCCACGGAUGUUCUUCUCAUUGACCUUCUAAAAGUCAAUGCCUCUGACCCCACCCCCACCCCCAAUCCUGAAGCCCUCUCCAGCUCUCCUGCAGGCAAGGGACAGGGUGGGCUUCUAGCUGGUUACCUGGGUUAAUGAUGGCCUAGAAUGUCCAUCAAGGACUCUGAAAAGGCUUGUAAAGCCUGCUCUCCCUCGAUGGGAUGCUUCCCUUGAGGAGCCAGCCCAGUCUGCCUUCUGUGUACAAAUGUUGCCUCUAGCUCCUGGACUCCCAGAUGUGCCGCCAGCCUGGCACCAGGGCCUCAGCCAGAUUUGGAAGGGAGGCUCCCAGCUGACUUCCAGCCCUAUCCCAACACUUCCCUGGCUCUUGCCCGAACCCUGGGGCUGGGAUGGCCCGCUCACCCAGGCCUUGAAGGAGCCCAUGCCUCACCCUCAUCAGGCCAGCAGAGAUGUCAACAAUUCCUAGCUUGGUUCAGUUCAGUUCAGUCACUCAGUCGUGUCCGACUUUUUGCGACCCCAUGAAUUGCAGCACACCAGGCCUCCCUGUUCAUCACCAACUCCCAGAGUUCACCCAACAGGCAGAAUCAGGUUGCUAUCAUGACUGCUGUCCCGCUCAGAAGAGAAUUUGCCAUCCCUCUGGCCAGGAAGGCAGGGUGGAUGGAGCCCCACUGGCUAAGGUCAGCUCUAGGGCCUUGAGUUUGGGGCCUGUGGGCUGGCCUCCUGUCUCUCUUACCCCCUGCGCUUUUCCUCCUGUAUGUAGCUGCCAUAGCAAUACAAAGUAGACCAAGAAUCGCUGCAUUCUUUGAGGCUCAGAAUCACAGAACCACAGCUCUGAAGGGCAGCAGCAGAUUGACAGUCAGAUGGAGACCUCGUGCCAAAUUUCCUUCGAGUUUGUAGACCAGGAGCAGUUGGAUGAUCCCGUGUGCUACCUUAAGAAGGCAUUUCUCCUGGUGCAAGACAUAAUGGAGGAUACCAUGCGCUUCAAAGACAACACCCCCAAUGCCAAAGUCAUCGUCCAGCUCCAGGAACUCUCUCUGAGGCUGAAGAGCUGCUUCACCAUGGACUAUGAUGAGCAGGACAAGGCUUGUGUCCGAACAUUCCAUGAGACACCUCUCCAGUUGCUGGAGAAGAUCAAGAAUGUCUUUAAUGAAACAAAAAAUCUCCUUAAAAAGGACUGGAACAUUUUCAGCAAGAACUGCAACAACAGCUUUGCUAAAUGCUCCAGCCAUGAUGUGGUGACCAAGCCUGAUUGCAACUGCCUGUACCCCAAAGCCACCCCUAGCAGUGACCUGGCCUCUGUCUCCCCUCAGCAGUCCCCCACCCCCUCCACAGCCCCUAUGGCUGGCUUGACCUGGGCUGACUCUGAGGCAACAGACAGCAGCUCCCUCUUGCCCAGAGAGCAGGCCCUUCGCACAGUGGACCCGGGCAGUGCCAAGCAGCGACCACCCAGGAGCACCUGCCAGAGCUUUGAGUCGCCAGAGACCCCACGCGUUGAGGGCCGCCCCACUGGAGAUUCUCCUCAGCCCGGCCCUUCGGUUGGAGCCCCUGUCACUGGGAUGGAAGACGUUCUUGACUCUCUGCUGGGUGCUAACAUGGCCCUGGAAGAGGCCUCCGGAGAGGCUAGUGAGGGUCCUAUACCCCAAGGGGCAGAGCUUUCCUUCUACAGUCUGGGAGGACGCAGUGUCCAGGCAGAGCCUGCCAGCCCCAGUCACACCCCCCCAGCAUCUUCAGCACUCUCUGGAUCAGGAAAGGGGCUGCGGCUUGUGGAUGCAACUAGCGCAUACCUGCCCACACUGGGCCCCAUGAGACCCACUGAGGCCUGGAGUCACACGCCUGAGAAGACAGAACAUCCCUCUGCCUCGCCCAGAGACCACCAGGAGCCAGGCAUGGCCAAGACCCCAGCACUGCACCCGCAAGGCCUCAGCAGUCCCUCCGCCCCCUCUUCUCAGCCAAAGCUCCCCAGAAGCCAUUCCUGGGGCCACGUGCUGUCCCUUGGGGAGCUGGAAGGCAGGAGGAGCACCAGGGACCGGAGGAGCCUUGCAGAGCUGAAAGGAGGACAAGCAAGUGAGGGGGCGGCCAGGCCCCCAGCCCGUUUUAACUCCGUUCCUUUGACUGACACAGGCCAUGAGAGGCAGCACAAGGAAGCCUCCGAUCCUCAGCUCCCUGGUUUUGUCUUCCGCCUGCUGGUGCCCAGUAUCAUCCUGGUCUUGCUGGCUGUCGGCGGGCUCCUGUUCUACAGGCGGCGGCGGCGGCCUCCUGACCCAGGAGGAGGACAGACAGGAGGAGCUGCCAGUGUAGACAGAAUCCUAAGCUGGGCGCACAGGACAGUCUCUCCAUGGGAGGAGAAACUGUGGGGACGGCCACCACCACCCCUCCCCAACCAUUCUCCCGGGAAUGUGGCCCGCCCACCAUGAGAGCUCCUGGACUCGGGAGAGCAGGGCCAGACCAGAGCAGCCAGGCUGGGGCUCCUCUGCCCUUGACCCUCAGACUCUGGACUGACUAAGAGGGGCUGGAGGAUGCCCCCAACGUUGCUGAUAUUUAUCAAGGGCCCUGGAGGCUCCCAUCCGCUUAAGAAAGGCUGCCAAGCCCAGCUGGGGACCCUCUGCCCCUCAGGGGCUGUGUCCUCUGCCCAUUCCCCUCUAGGGACCCGAAGGCCCACGGGACAUGGGAGAGCAGGGUGGGCACUGAGGAAUGGAAGAACCCUCGUGUCAGAGGACCUGCCUGCCGCCAAGGGAUCCCAGCACCGACAAGCAGGGACUUGUCUCCAGAAAGAGGAGCAUGAGGUUCACAGGGCGGGACAGCGUUGUUGGAUUUCCCGUAAAGGCAUGUAGCCCAGAAGACGGGAAGAGAAGGCCUCUGGGCCUGCUGGUCUGCACUGAUCGCCCGGAGCGGGUCUGUACCCUCCACUUGCCUCAGUGCCCUCUGCCAGCGGCCAGGCAGAGAGGGGAUGCCAACCUGGCCCUCAGGACCUGCCUGGCCUGGCUUGCGAUGCCCAGGGCAAGACCAAGCACUGGCCUCUGCCUCGCCGUCCCCCGAGGCCUGCCAGAGCUCCUCUAGGAGGCCGUGCAGAGCCUCUCCUCUGAAGGAAACCAUCGCACUGUGAAUACUGAACCUGCCUGCUGAACAGCCUGCCCCAUCCAUCCCGGAGAGCAAACACCUGUCUGUCCUCCCAUUCCUCCAGCCUCUCCCCAGCUUCCUGCACUGAGCGCCCGAGCCGGCCUCGCCUGUCGCCUGUCAACUGAGGGAGCCCCUGAGCCCUGACCUUCUGCUGACCCGGCUCUGACUCCCUGGGAUGGAUCAGGGUGGGAGAACUUCCCGGGGCUAGCAGCCAGAGCUGGUCUUUAGGCUGCGUUGUUCACCCAGGUUUCUGCAUCUUGCACUUUGACAUUCCCAAGAGGGACAUGAUUAAAGGGAGGGAGGGAAGGAGGGGAGGGACUGACACAGAGAGAGAGACUGCAGGGCGAGCUCUGACGGCAAAUAGGUCUUUGAAAUUGAGGGCCUGCCCCUGAGGUGUGGCAAGGGGUCAGCACCCCCGAUCCCCCUGGCUGGCCUCUUUCCCUGUCCAGGCCCCUGCUCCCACCACAGUCCAAAGGCUGCUAUCAGCAGACACCUGGGCUGAGUGGUGUCCCUAUCAGGAGCCUGGGAGCAGGGACCCCCUCCUGCUCUCGUCCCACCCCUCACUAGCAUCAUCUCUGUAACCAGGUGAGCCAGGGUGGGAGAGGGACUCGGAGAGUCCAGGCAGCUGCUUCCAGUCUGCCUUGAGGGCCUCAGCUCCCUCGACAGGCCAGGGGCUGCGACUCUGAGUUCUGGGCAUUGAGUGACAGGCCAGUAGACUGCCUUCAGCCUUUGUGCUACUGUGUCCCUCCUCUUCUGCUGCUCCGGGCCCUCCACCAAGAGAUCCUGUUGGACUUGGCCGCUGGACCGGGGCCUAUGAGCUUCCCUUCCUGCCCUUGAAAGUGAGGGUCCUCUGGUCCCUGCCUGCCCUGUUGCUAUCCGUUGAGGAAAGGGCAGUGGAGAACUUCCCCAGGAGGCCCAUUUUCCUAGUCACAGACUCUAUAUUUGAUACUAAAAAACUCUGUAUUUAAAAGUGGAAGGGAAAAAAAAAACACAGAAAAAACAUUCCUCCCUCACCCCACCCCUUGAACAUAUAGUAUUUUAAAGAUCAAGAAAGCGAAUCCAACCCAUCACAGAAACUGUGCGCUCUUGGUGACCCAGGAGUGGGAGGGGCCCCUGCAGCCCCUCUGGGUGGCUACCCGGCUGCCUGCACAGGAACCCUUCUUUUCUCUGAGAAAGUUGAGAGGGAACAUUGGCUCACACACUGUGAGAUUUUGUUUUUAUACUUGGAAGUGGUGAUUUAUUUUAUACGAAGUCAUUUAAAUAUCUAUUUAAAAAAUAGGAAGCUGCUUUUAUAUUUAAUAAUAAAAGAAGUGCACAAGCUGC